UUAAAAGAUAUUUCGUACCAUCAAGAUCCUAUACUUCUAAGUUAUCUGGGCGAAUAGCGAAGAUUUCUUCCAGAGAAAAUAAGAGAAAGUAUAGAAGGACGUUGGAAGGAGCACAUAUGCCGCCAUUUUUCUUUUUCUUUAGGGAUGAUCAGCUGCUAAACUGCGGGCUCCGUUUAUGAAAGCGAGGCUAACGUGCUGCGUUGCCAUGGAUAUUGUGUAAACUCUGAAAAAGACUCUACAUUGUUUCAAAAUCGUGUAAACAGAGAAAGCAUUUGCACCAUACGACUAUGUCGGCGUCGCAUCCGAAUCCACUUGCUUUUAUUCCCGAUUAUGUGGAAAGAAAAGGAUCUCUUUUCUUACGAUCCGAUCACAUGGAUUAUGGCAGACCGACUCUUGUGUCGAACUGGCAUCAAGCUAGGGAAGCUGAACCCAAAGACUAUGACAUCAAAGAUUAUCAACCUCAAAAGAGAAAUCUCCAUAAUUCUACGUAUCAUCGCAUUGGAAAUGUUACAGACGGGUCUUUACCAGAUACAACCAGUCAUGAUCAAAUGGAACAGGCAGUGAAACUUAAAAGUGAUUUUGAAACAAGGGAUACUAGACGACAGAUGGUAGACAUGACCACUUUUAAUAGCGUUACCUUUCAAAGAGAUACCGGAGCUCCAGAGAGAGGCUUUGGUAGUGUCCUCCCCAGGCAUCCACCAGACCACGGAAAGAGGUAUCUUGACACAACUUACAGAGUGGACUAUGAUUCCCCAUAUCCAUAUGAACAACAGAAGACCCCUCCCCCAGAACCAGAUCAGUCCGCGCUAUGGCGGAGAUGCCAUUCCCAGUUUACGGAUGUAGAUGAUUACAGGCGACACGGACAAAACACGUGGCAUGACGAGACUGGAGUAUACGCCAACUCCGCCUUACGAGAUCAAGUCAUAAAACCAGCAAAUCCUAUUCCAGAAAGACUUGCUUGAAUUGUUUAGUAUAAUGUACUAGAGGAAGACCUUUUAUUUCGAAAAGCCGUCCCGUCAUGUAUUUUUGGCGAGUGGGACACCAUAAUUUCUACCGCUGUGACUUGCGUAUGCCAUUAGUUUAGUUUAGUUUAUUUGCGCUAUCUCUGAAUUUUUACCUACCAGAUUUCGCUUGUUUUUGGGAAAAUACUGAAACCUUUUCUAAUCUUCCAGCCUUAGUCGUCACAAUUUUAAUAUAAAUCAAUUGUAUCUUAUUCUGCAAGUUAUUUCUUUUUACGGGAUGAGCCUUUUUCAUUCUCUACAGGAGUUUUUUUCUCAAUCGAGUUUGAGAGGUUUAAGGGGAUUACGAUGCGCAGGGUUAGGCCACUCAGCCAACGAGGAAGUUCUCCGCUUCUGGGAAUAGUUAGAGGGAGGGAGCCGUUAAGAAGGGUAUCUCCUCCUUAAUAAAUGAACUGUAAGCAGUC